GUACCAAGUCACAUGACAUCUAGCAGCCUUCUGUUCACGACGCAUUUUGCCUUAGCCUUUUGCCGCGCCUUUACGUCUACCAACAUGAUGAAAUCUGUCGGUCUUGUCCUUCUUCUCAUAGCAACCUUUGCCUACUCCAGUGUUGAAGGCAGUUCAAACUGUGGAUCUUCAGUGGCGAAAGCCAUAUAUGAGAAACAAGUCCUCAAAGAUGCCUUGAACGCCUGCAAGUCGGAUCGUAUGGGAAGUGCAGCCUUGACUGCCCUCGCAGCCCAAGCUACCUGCAAGGACUACGAGUUCAACGAGGCCAAUGGCGGCAAGUGCGAUGAAGUUGCAGCUCCCUACAUGAAAUGUGUAGCUGGAAAACUUGGUUACUUGAAUUAUGGUGGCUCCAUCCACUACCAAAUGAUCUUUGACCAGUACAAGAGUUACGCCGUCGCUCGCGGUACUCUCUGCAAAAACCAGUACGACAACGGUGUGCGGGUCUGUGGCACUACCAUCAGCAACUACGCGUUCCUGGGGAAGGCCGGGUGCAUCAUCAAUGCGAUGUACCAGUCUGGGUGACCUGCACAAUCUGGCCCUCAUGCCUUCAUCUGAUUGGCGGCUUUGAAGUGUUCACAACAGGUGCACAAUAAUAAUUAGGGGACCACUUUAUCCAGUCAAUGCAUCCACGUGCUGUAAAAAUUGUCUAAUCCGAAGUUCAUUGUAAUUUGUGAAACAAUAAAUUCAAUAAAAUCCUACAUAAAAUCAUAUUAACAAUUAUUGUUCUAUUCAAAAGUGAAAUUGAAAUACUUCUGAAGAAGUGAAGAUUUCGCUUUGUACCAGUAUAUUUUGUGUCAAGAAAUUUCUAUUUGAUGCACUUUAAAUUAUUAUAAUUCGAGAGGUUCAAUGCCAUAUGGCUUGAAUAUAAGUUCAAAUAAAAAGGCGUGUUGCCAAUCAUUAUAAACUUGAAUAUAAUCAAAAAUCAUAAUGUUCUUAGUGUUCGUUGCACUUCAAAAUUAGCGACUUGUUGUUGUCUUUUAAACCUCUGUACCGGUUUUUUCUUCUCCUGGCAGGUUCAAAAUUUUCUGAACACUUCAAAAUGGGAACUUGGAACUUUUACACAGCUUGGACGAAAUAAUUUACAAUAUAUUAGGCGCAUGA